AUGCCUGGGGAGGAGGAGAAGGUAUAUAUGCUUCUAGAGCUAGAAAGGAUUAAAGAGCUUAGAAUCCCACAUCUUUAUGUGUUUCCCACAGCUGCUCUAGAAUUUACAUGUGCGGUAUUUAAAGGCCCUAGAUACACAGCUUUCAAACUAGUAAAGCGUAAAAUUCACGAGAAGUGGAUGGUUCUACUAGACGAAGAACACAGCAAGGAGGCAAAAGAAAUAGCCAGUACACAUGACGCACACACAACACUUUACAGGGUCAUGCAGGCGCUAAGCAAUUACCUCGACUCCAAAACACUCAAAAAGCCCAAGGACAUUUUCCCAUUCAUCUUCAAGGAUCCAGCCAAUGGAAAAAGGGACAUUUCGGAGCUUCUACUCUUCAUCGAAAGCAGAUGCUUUAAGAAGAAUAGCAAUGGGCAAAAGGCCAUUGCCCAUUCGAACAGAGGCGCCCAAUAG